AGAGAACACGGGAAAGUGCCACAUGUGCUCGGAUGAUGGCGUACCACCCGUUGUUAGGUGCAUCAAAAGACGUCGCAGAGACCCAUCCUUGGUCAACCUCGGCCGGGAUGCUGACCAAAGUCAACCACAGCAAUUAGGUGAUCAAGUAUCUGCUGCUGCCGCGACAACCCCGAAGAGAAGUUCAAGAUUUCGCGGUGUUAGCAGGUUUGAAUAAAUUCAGUUGUUUGAAUUUGUGAUUUCUUUUUCCUGAUGGGUAGAUUGUGUAAAUGGCUGAGUGGAAAUGGAAAUACAAAUGACAGGCACAGAUGGACUGGUCGGUAUGAAGCCCACCUGUGGGACAAGCUCUCUUGGAAUGUAACGCAAAAGAAGAAAGGGAAGCAAGGUAUGUCUAAUCUUUCUCUCCUUUUUUUAUUCCUUUCUUGUAUUGAAUUAAUCGUCUUGAUCAUUACCUUUUCUCAACCCAAUAACGUGUUCUUGUUUUAUUGAAUUUGCAUGGCUGUCGGAUUCCUCUGUAAUUUGUUGGGGUUGAACAGUUUAUCUAGGUGAGUCCAAGCUAUCUCAAAAGAAACUAUUCUAUUCCACCGCGGUUCUUCUCAGGUGACAAAAAGAGACUGAACUUUUUCCUCUCUUAUCUAUAUCUCAGGAGCUUAUGAUGAAGAAGCAGCAGCAGCAAGAGCAUAUGAUAUGGCUGCACUCAAGUAUUGGGGAACAUCGACCUUCACCAAUUUUCCGAUAUCAGAUUAUGAGAAGGAGAUCGACAUUAUGCAAACUGUAACAAAAGAGGAAUACUUAGCCUCUUUAAGAAGAAAGAGCAGCGGCUUCUCAAGAGGCGUAUCCAAGUAUAGAGGAGUUGCCAGACACCAUCACAAUGGUAGAUGGGAAGCAAGAAUUGGGAGAGUCUUCGGAAACAAGUACCUCUACCUCGGCACUUACAGUACUCAGGAGGAAGCAGCCCGUGCCUAUGACAUUGCUGCAAUCGAAUAUAGGGGGAUCAAUGCUGUGACCAAUUUUGACUUGAGUACUUACAUCAGAUGGUUGAAGCCUGGAACAAAUGGUUCAUCACUCAUCUUACCGGAACAACAGAUCUUCACAGAUUCUUCGAUAGCACUAUCAACAACCAACUACAUCCCUGUAGAGGAGACUAAAUCCUCAUUCUUCCUGGCUAAUCCUUUCAUGGAAGACGAUUUAACCAAUAUCCCUCGAAAGCAAGAUACAUUCAAAAGUAAAGUACCCGUUAGCUCGGGCAGUAAGUCUUCAUCUUCGCCGACAGCACUUGGCCUACUCCUCAGGUCUUCAGUGUUUAGAGAAUUGGUCAAGAAGAAUACAUCCGUCUCCGAGGAAGACACAGAUGGGGAAGAGGCAAAAGACCAACCUCUGCAAGGAAGUGACGAUGAAUUCACGGGGAUCUUCUGCGACGGAAUAGGGGACGUCCCCUUUAUCUGCUCUUCAAACAGGGACGGUGUACAGUUACAUGAAAGAGAGCUACAGUUCAUUCUGUGAACCUCUCAGGAACCCAUAAAAAAAGAUGAGUUUUAAUAGUCAGCCAACAAGUUAGCAGAUACAAUCUAGUUUCUGGCUUGGAUGUGAUGUAAAGAGGUUUCUCACCAAAUUGGGAUGUUAAGAAUUUCCUGUCAAUAUUGAAUAAAAGCUUCCCAUUUC